GUCACAUAUAUAAAGCGACCUCAGACCCCGCUCGUCUUGUCUUGGUCCCAUCCCCGCCUCAAGAUCGCUCUGCCCUUCUCAAUUCACUUACUUCGUUAGCACUCUGCUCCACUCUUCAUUUACUCCACUUCGUCUCCCGGUCGAGCAUCGACACAGCGACCUUGACAUGGCACCCGUAGUAGCCGCCGGGGUUUCAUCCGCGUUUGACAAGGUCGGAUAUUGGUCUCCGAACACGGCCUCAGUCGACUGGUGUGAAAACAACUACGUUGUUUCUUACUACAUUGCAGAAUUUUGGAAUACCACGUCCAAUAUCGCCUGCUUCAUUGCAGCCGUCCUCGGUUGGUAUCACUUCCCCGGUAAUGAACUUCGAUUCAAAUUGAUGUUCACGACAUUUGCAUUCGUCGGCCUUGGAUCCGUACUUUUCCACGGUACCCUGCGACACAAGAUGCAGCUUCUUGAUGAACUGCCUAUGCUCUAUUCUGCCACGAUGAUCAUGUUCAUCUUGGUCGAGGCUAAGCACGGUCCACAGGGUCGAUGGUUCCCUCUACUUCUCACAGCAUGGAUCGCAACGACGACAUACAUCUUCUCCACCACGGGCGGUCAACUCCAGUUCUACACCUUCCAGUCGACCUACACCAUCCUCCAAUUCGCCAUGAUCUACUUCCUGCGAAUCUUUCAUGUCCAACAACGUGCCCUGCGAGGCCCCAACCCGGACAUCUCCACCUUGAUCCGUCGAGCCUUUGGCACAGGCCUGUUUGCGGUCACUAUCUGGCUCAUUGAUCUACGGCUCUGCGAAUUCGUCAACGGCGUGGGCGCCAGAUCGGUUCUGAAAUGGAACCCACAGCUGCAUGCGUGGUGGCAUGUCUUUUCCGCCUGCGCACUCUACCAUGCCACGAUGCUCGUAGUUUAUUAUCAUUAUGAUGUCCAGGCGGGAGUUCGGCCCUAUGUCGACUGGUGGAUGGGUUAUGUUCCAGUGAUCCGCCUCUUUCAUUGUCAGCCAAGGACGAAAGGAAAACUUGAGCAUUAACGCACGUAACAGUGAACGAAAGGGUGCCUCUUCCUUCAUUGGAUGAAAGAAAGAAGACUGCAUAUAGCAUGACAAGGAUUGAUGUGUGCAU